AUGGAUGUCAUUAUAUCAACACAUGGUCAGCUAUGUGAGCCUCAAGACUGUAUAGUAAAUGAGUGGUCUGUUUGGUCAGAUUGCUCGAAAACCUGUGGCGACUCAGGGAUUAAGUCAAGACAAAGGUUAACAUUGCAACAGGCCUAUUGCGGAGGCAAAUGUGACCUCAACACCACGGAAACAAAGGAGUGCAACAGAAAAUGCUGUCCACAAGACUGUAUAUACAGCGACUGGACUAAGUGGAAGUUUCUUUACUUUUCUUUUAACUGCUCCGAAGGAGGUGAAAGGUAUGUUUUCCGAAGAAGCAGAGCCAUAGUGGUGGAAAGCGCUUGUGGAGGGGAAUCCUGUAGAAUGGACAGUCUAGAUGACAUUAAAUGUGGUCAUUUGAAAUGUCACAGAGAAUGUGUGCUAGGCAUGUGGUCAUUUUGGAGUGUGUGUGAAGGACCAUGUGAACAGAAAGGAGUCCAAAAAAGAACAAAGUUAAUCAAACAAACACCAAGCUGCGGGGCAGAUCCGUGUCCUGCUCGUGAAGAAGAAGAGGAGUGUAUCGCCGGUUGUUGUCCCGUGGAUUGUCAACUCGGGGAGUGGAGCAUGUGGUCAGAAUGUAACACUACAUGCGGAUUGUCCAGUAGAACACGUACAAGAUUUGUCCAGCCGAUGGAAUGUAGGGGAAUGGAGUGCUCCGAGGACCCGGUAUCGGAAGACAAGGAAGAGUGUGAGCGCUAUGACAAUGUAGAUUGUGUGGUAUGUCGAUCCCGAAUCAUAAUAACAGGAUUUAGUUAUAAUCCGGAAUUCUUAUAA